ACGAGGACCAUCAUGCGGAAGAGUGGAAAUCUGAUAAUCAUCAAAGGCUAAACUAGUCUUAACGGGUUGUUUUUUUUAACGGGUGGGAUUGUUAUUAUUAUUGUUUUUUUUUUCAUGUUUUAUUUUGUUUAGAAAGUCAAGAUAAAAUGUCGUCGGAAGAGUUCGAGAAGUUGGACGACAUCUACAAAUCACUUUACGAGGAGCUAAAGCUAAUUCCAGAGAAAGCGCUGAAAAGCUACGGAGAGGAGAGGAAGAGGUUGGUGAGGAGCUUCGAUGAGAGACAGGGGGAGGCUGAGGAAGUGUUGCAAGGAAUGGAAGAGGAGCUGCGUGGUGCUCCUUCUUCCUAUCGAAAUUCGAUGACAGCAAAACUGCGGCUGCACCGUCGUGAUCUGGCUAAACUACAGAGGGACAUGAAAAACUCUGCUUCGAGCUUUGGCUCCUCUUCACAGCCAGUGGGAGGAAGUCAUCAUGGCAUCUAUUCAUCUCAAAACCAGCAAAGUACUCACCUUCAGUCCCAGAGAACCUUGCUCCUCCAGGGCUCUGAUUCUCUGAACCAUGCGAGCCAGAGCAUUGAACGCAGCCAACGCAUCGCUGCAGAGACGGAUCAGAUCGGUACAGACAUUAUCGAGGAGCUGGGAGAGCAGCGGGAACAGCUUGACAGAAGCAGAAACAGAUUGGUGAACACCGGAGAAAACCUCAGUCGAAGUCGGAAAAUCCUUCGUUCCAUGUCUCGACGGUUGGUGACAAAUAAGUUGCUUCUUGGUGUAAUCAUUUUAAUGGAGCUGGCCAUCCUGGGUGCUGUGAUUUACCUCAAGUUCUUCAAACGAUGAGUAAACUCCAUCACCUCCACAGAGUCUUAUUUUGAAUGCUCUGGAUCAAGGACGAACGGGAUUCUUUACAUCUCCCUCCAUGCACUGUCCAGUAGCAAUAACACUGUUCCGCUCUCUCCAUCAGUUGAAACAAGGACAAUGAGAAGACUCCGCUUUAAACCGAACCUUUACUGAUGGUGGAUUCUGUCCACGAACAGGUGAAACGUAUUCAUCAUGAAUAAUGUCUUUAAACCUGUCAGUGGACCAGACCUGCAGGAGCCUUGUGGAUUAACUGAAAUUUGCACUGUUUUAUCAGACUGUUAUACCAGUGAUGCCCCAUGGGAGGGAUUUCUUUUUUGGAUAUGUGUUCUGUUACAGAUCCCAGACAUGAUUGUCUGUGAGGUUUAAGUGAAGUCAGCGUUCAGUCUACUCACUCUGUCAUGUGAAGAUUCUCUGGUGAUAGUACUUGUGGCAAAUAAUAAUAGACAUCAACAACCUUCUCUGAUUGCAAUGCUUUUAUUAUUUUUGUUUAAUAACUUGUUCAAACUAAACCAAAAGUAUAAUUUAAAAAAUGGCAUUAGCUGGAUCUAUUUUUGUCUUGGUGCCAAGUAUCUAGAGACAGAUGCAAUGUUUUUCACAAUUAAUAUUGAAGUCUAAUCACUGUAUAAUACAAAUAACACUAUUAGAAAUAUGUCCCAUUAUUACAGGCUACCCAUUAAAGUUAAUCUCUCAUUCCCA